CCCACCGCUUCCUUCCUUCCCUCCACUGUUCCCCUCUCGAUGACCUCACCAACACGACCACCAUGCAUGGCCACUGCCAACACCCACCUGACUCUUGAAUUGCUUGUGUCGAUGCACAUCCAUGCAUGACAUGACAGUGAGAGAGAGAGAGAGAGAGGGAGGUAGCUGUCUUCUUGUGUUAGGGUUAGGCUUUGUGCAGCUUCUAUUCUGUUCCUUCCCCACCACCUGUCUCAGAGAGGAGACUGAUGGCGAGUGGUACCUCCGAGACCUCGAGGAGUCGUCCCUCGGGAAAGAAUACCGCGGCCGACGAAGAAGACGAUCCAAGAAACGGAGUGAGCUCGAGCAGUAGCACGGUGGAGGAGGAAGACGACGACGACCGGAAGGUCAGCGUGCGGCCGUACGUCCGAUCCAAGAACCCAAGGCUGCGGUGGACGCCGGAUCUCCACCUCUCCUUUGUUCAUGCCGUGGAGAGGCUUGGCGGCAAAGACCGAGCGACACCCAAGCUGGUCCUCCAGCUGAUGAACGUAACAGGACUCGGCAUCUCUCACGUUAAGAGUCAUCUGCAGAUGUAUAGGAUCAAGAAUGAUGAUGCUUCGACUCAUGCAAACCCCAAGAACCCUAUCGAUAGUCUCAGCCAUUUCCCCAUGAUGCAUGACAACCAUUCGAGGUGUGUGAAACACUUGAGUUCCAUGCGUGCAACAUCAAACAACCUGAUACAAGAAUUGGGUUUGAACUCUUCUUGUUGUAGCCAUAUGUAUUGGAGGCAAAGCCAACUCCUUACCGCAGCUGGAUCAAGAUCUUAUGCUUCUGCAACUGAAACAUGGAAAUUGGAGGAACAUGAGCCUGAUCUCACUCUAUCUCUAAGUACAGGAUCAAGAAAGGAUAAGCGACCAAAGUUGAGGCAAGUCGAGGAAGUAGAUAGCAGCUCGUUACUCACCUUGUUUCCUCCAUCAUCUUCAAGACAAGACAAUGAUUCACGGAUGUUUUAUUAGAUGCUAAGGAGUCCUCUCUACCUCAGCAGGUUCUGUUAGAGGAAGAGAUCAGCAUGGAGCAUGGGAGUGUGUCGAGGACUCUGUGUCUGACUACAUGAUGGAAAUGUGGUCAGAUGUUUGGUACUCACACAAGGAUGAAGAAGCUGAUCGAUGGACAUUAACACAUCCUUCUCUUCCAUUGUUUCCAACAUGUAUUUGUCUAAUGAGGUAUUAGAAUUACUUGCUUUGAUUGUAUAAUUCUUAUAUAAGUAGAUUUGACAUGCUGUUGGGGAUUGAUAUAUACAUUUCACACACACACACACACACACAUAUAUAUAUAUAUAUAUAUAUAUACUUAUUAAGAUCAGUGAUGAUGAUUUUUCCUUUUAUAUAUGUAUUGGGAUUGUCUUGUACCAUCUUUUGACAUGUAUUGGGAUUGAAUUAAGUGGUCA